AUGGAAGAACAAACAGGUAUAAAUAAUCAAUUAUCAAAAACUUCUACAAACUUAGAUCAAGAAUCUUUACUUGCACUUGUUGCGGUUCGUCCUCCAACACCAGAUAAAUGUGCUGUAUGUUUAAAUAAUAAACAAGUUGAUAUUAUUGCUCGAAUCGAUUCAUGUUCACAUACAUUUUGUUUUUCUUGUAUACUUGAAUGGUCAAAAGUACGUGCUAUUUGUCCAUUAUGUAAACAACCAUUUAAUUUAAUAACACGCGAACAUUAUUCUGGUGAUCUUAUCGAAGAAGUUCGUAUACAAGCACCACGACGAUCAUCAUCAACAACAUUUACAAAUAUUAAUGAUGUUCUUAAUUGGGUUGAUCGACAUCAUUCAAGAUCAAAUCAUUCUAAUAAUGAUAGACCUCAAGAUGUAUUUCGCCAAAUGGUUUAUAUUGAAUGGUUAAAUACAAUACAAUCGAUUGUUCGUCGACCAAAUAAUAAUUCAAGAAAUUCUUUUGUUUCACCAUUUGUUCGUGAAACACAUACAACAACAUCUUGGUCAAAUAUAAUACCACUUGAUUCAAUACGUCGUCUUCUUCAUCGUUAUUUACGUCAAACAACGUCGGAUUUACGGCAAUCAACAAUUUAUUCUCAAUCAACACGUCAGACAGUUGCAUUUCGAAAAUAUAUUUAUUUAAAUCAUUUACUUGUACGUAGUCCAUUAAUUGGACAUAAUCAUGAUACAUUAACUGUACGUGAAUGUUCACCAACAUGGUAUGCAUCAAAUCCAGCUUGUCUUCAUCGUUUGGUACCAUUUUUAGCAAGAGAAUUAUUAGCUUUAUUAUGGAAUGAUGAAACAACUAUUGAACAUAUUAUACAAGAAAUUUUAACAACUAUACAAUUACAUAAUAUACGUUCAAGUUUUUUAACAAGAAAAUUAAAUGAAUAUCUUCGACGCUAUACAAGACAUUUUAUACAUGAAUUUUAUACAUUUGCUCGUUGUCCAUAUGAUUUAGCCGGUUUUGAUCGUCAUGCUCAAUAUCCAAGAAUGAAUACAACGCCAAAUAUACCAUUACCUAUGCAGAUUUCAAUAGAUGAUGAUGAUGAUGAUAAUAAUAAUAAUGAUAAUAAUGGAAAUGAACAAACACCAAUUAUACUUGAUGAAACUCCAGAUGUAUCAAUUAAUAUUACAGAUAUUGCAUUGUCGUCAUCGUCGUCUUCAUCAUCAUCAUCGUCCUCAGCAUCAUCAGCAUCUUCAUUAUCAUCAUCAUCUCCUUCUUCAUCACCAUCACCAAUAGAGAUUGAGCAUCGAUCAUCAUCACCUGAAUGUGAAAUUGUUGAAUAUGUUGAACCAACUCGUGAGAGAACUCCUACACUUAUUGUUCUAUCUGAAGAUGAAGAUGAAAAUGAAAAUGAAAGUAAUACUAUGAAUAAUGAACCACAAAUACAAGUUGCAUCAUCGAAAAAACGAAAGCAUCAUCAUCAUCGUAGUAAUAAACGAUAUAAAAAUCAAGAAACAACUUCAGGUACAUAUCCAUUCUAUAUGUCUGACUCAUUAUUUAAUUUUUAUUAUCCAGUUCAAAAUCUAGAUUCUCCGACUAGUGUAAUUUUGGAUGAUGAUGACGAUGAUGAAUUACAAAUAAAUAAUUCAAAUCAAGAACAAUCACAAGAAGAAAAUCAUCAAUAA